AGGUAGUACUUACCUUUUACAGAUAGAUUUCGCAGCUUUGAUAAUGCAAGAAUGCUUGGCGCAGUGAGUAGGGAUGGAUCAACUUAACUGUGACCCAGUCUGUUCUCUAUAACAGUUCAGCGCUUCAUCUCGACUCUGACCUAAAUCGAACUUGAUCGCGAUCUCAGUGGUGAACAUGGAAGAUUGCAAUUUAUCAUUUUAGGGGCUUGAAGUCGUGUUUCGUCUCAGUUGGCUUCACUUUUAUAUAGUUGUAAUAAGGCUGAAAUGCUUCUGUGUGGCAUUUGCGCCGCCCUUGUGGUGGCUGCGUUCGCCACUGAUCGUUCUCCAGACAUUGAAACCAUUCCUUUAGGAGUUCCUUACAAUCGAGCUGGACUUUAUAAAAGAGCAGCAGAAUUUGUUUGUUUUGAUGGGUCGAAGAGCAUCCCAUACAAUCAAGUAAACGAUGAUUAUUGCGACUGUCCUGAUGGAAGCGACGAACCAGGAACAUCGGCGUGUCCGAACGGCAGGUUCCAUUGCCCCAACAAGGGCCACAUAGCUAUGGACAUCCCUUCAUCUCGAGUGGAUGACUCGAUAUGCGAUUGCUGUGACGGAAGCGAUGAGUAUGCUGGAGCGGUGAAAUGUCCAAAUAUUUGUGAUGAAUUGGGACGAAGCGCUCGCGAAGAGAAGAAGAGGCAAGCUGAAAUUGCAAGGAAAGGUUAUGCGACAAGAAAACUGCUAGCAGUCGAAGGAAAGAAACUGAGGGAUGAAAAGGUUGCUCAGUGUGUUCCACUCAAAGAGGAGCGCGAGAAACUUCUACCAACCAGGGAUGAGUUGCUAAAAAAGAAGGAUGAAGCUAUGGAAAUUGAAAGCAAAUUGAAGGACAAACAUAGAGAAGAAUGGGAUGCUCAAAAACGCGAGAAAAAGAAGGAAAAGGCCACUGCAAUGUUCAGUGAGAUCGAUGUUAACAAGGAUGGCAAGAUAACCUUGGACGAAUUGGUGAAAGUUACUUAUUUGGAUACUGAUCACGAUGGAACAGUUUCCGAAGAUGAAGCCAAGAUCUUCUUGUCCGUUGACGAAGUGGAUGCCGAGAAUUUCUUGAACAACAUGUACGAUAGGCUCAAAACUGAAAAAGUUGCUUAUGAGGAUUAUAAGAGGGACCUAGAAAGAGAAGAAGCUGAGAAAAAAGAAAGAGAGGAAGCUGAGAAGAAAGAACAAGAAGAAGCUGAGAAAGCAGAAUUUGAGGAAGCUGAAAAAGCGACGCAUGAGGAACUGGAGGAGACUGGUGAUCAUCCUCAUCCCUUAGAUGAUGAAGACAAGGCGGAUACCGUGCCACACCCUGUGCCCAUUACAACACAACCUCCACCUCCUCCAUUACACGAUGAUGAUGAAUUUUCGAUGCCACCGUAUGAUGAAGAAACGAAAAAGGCAAUUAAUGAAGCCGACGAGGCUCGAAAGGCUUAUGAUGAGUAUGACGUAAAGAUAAUUAAUUUGGACAAAGACAUCAGGGAAGCUGAGUCAUUCAUAGAACAGGAUUUCGGUCCUGACCACGCUUGGGCAACUCUGAAAGGAAAAUGCUUCGAUCUGACCGAUAAACAAUACACUUACACAUAUUGUCCAUUUGAUAGGACAAUACAAAAGGAUAAAAAUGGUUAUGGCGAAACGGGCCUAGGAAACUGGAAGGAUUGGACUGGUGAUGCCAGCAACAAAUACACUAAGCAAAGGUAUGAGAAUGGACAGCAAUGCUGGAAUGGUCCACAACGGUCAACUGAUGUGGAGAUUCAAUGUGGCGAAGAAUCCGAGCUGAUUGAAGCCACCGAACCUGCCAAAUGUGAAUACCGGUUUGUAUUCCGCACCCCUGCCGCCUGUAAUGAUCCUGACCAAGAAGAGCCGAUACACGCUGAGCUCUAAUUUUUUUUUACUGUUUUUACAGUUCUCACCCACACUCCACUGGUAUAUUUAUUGUAGUGAGGUUGAUGUGAUUUUCGCGCAUAUCCCGUUUUUGCAACUGGAUACAUGCAGUUGUUAAGCUCCUUUUUUUCUUUCAGUUUUGUUAUGUUCCUAGUAAUUAUUCGGAAAAUGAAAUGGUUGUAAGUU